ACCCCAGCCAGCAUUAUAUUAAUAUGCCACCAAUUCGCCCCCACCGUAAAACACGAAAUGGAUGCAAAACAUGCAAACAACGCAAAGUCAAGUGCGAUGAAGAAUUUCCUAUUUGCAAGAACUGUACCAGGAGAUGCAUAGAAUGUGUCUGGAUCGAUACCCCACCGUAUCACUCGCUGGUACCAGCGACAUCUCCCCGUACUCCAUCAAGUUCCCCUGAAACUUCCCCUUCCACAAUAACUGGCACAACAGGUUCAUUCGACCUACUGACUCUCGAGCUAAUUCACCGCUAUUCUACCACUACUUCUCACACACUUGCUUCUGAUCCUGUUACAUCCAAUGUUUGGACUACCAUCGUUCCCAAACUCGUGUUCGAUCCUAGAAACCAAUGUCUCCUUUACGCUGUUCUCGCCGUGUCCGCGCUUCACGUUUACCAUACUGAUCCCACGGCAGAUCGGUACGCCGUAGCCGCGAGCACUUACCACUGGCAAGCCAAGAUGGGGUUACACAAGGCAGAGACGGACGGGGAGACGGAUAUUGGUGCUAUUUUUAUCACCUUGUCCCUUCUCGCGAUGUACGAGUUCGCUACAUCCUCCAUCGUCUCCUUAUCCAUGAGCGGCUGGCAUAUCACAGUCCGUAAUAUCACUUGCGAGGUUGCAAAAAUCUGGCCACAGCUCCGAGAAGGUGUUCUGCGCCCGGCGUUACUCGUAAAAGCGCCAACAACCAUAUCUACACCGCUGGAGGAAUCCUUUUCAUCAUCCUUGUCGACACUUCUGAGCACAGCGCACUCGUCACCAGACCUUGAGGAGCUACACGACGUAUCGGUGUAUGCUGCGUAUAAGGAAUCAAUACGAAUUCUCGAGAUAUCAUGCAAAGCCUCAUCUGAGAAUUGGAACGCAGUGGCUUUCUGGUGGACAAUGGCACCUAAGAGGUUCUUUCGCCUACUAGCAGAGGGGAAGCCACGUGCAUUGAUUAUCUUGGCGCAUUUCUGUGUCAUGAUGAAGCGGGUGGCGAAGGACGGCCCGUGGUGGGCGAGGAAACAGUGGGGCAUCGAAGCAGCGAGAAUUCUCUCUGCGCUCGACACGCAAUGGAUGCCGUGGCUGGGAUGGCUCUUGAGCCAGUUGGAUGAAGAUCACGCCUUUGACUAUGCAGAUACGGAUUUCAUGCAUUGGUUAAGUGAGGUGGCAUCAUUGCUGAAUGCUUCUUAACCCGGGUCUCAUGAGGAAUUAUACCACUGAUAAAUAUGAAUUUUUAAGUACGGACAGCAGCUGCGAGCCUAAUAGACGUGUAAAUUAUUUA